AGGGUACGUUAUAUAUUCUAAACGAAAUGUACUGAAUAUCGUUACCAGUCGUUCUACUAAAACAAAAUGGCCGGGAUCAAGUUCGUGCAAGUCUGUGAUAUCUUUUCCUCUUGAUUAUCAGUUCACUGAACCUUUUGUUGGCGAUGGCGUCUGGUUCAGAACCAGAGAGCAUCAGUUCUUCUAAUCCCACAGGAAAAUUACAUGCAAGAGUUUCUGAUGAUAGCACUGUGGCACGAUCAGCGCGUAAGAAAACAGAAUCGCCAAGAUGUUCUAAACAGCAGACAGAGAAGGUAAAAGAGAAAUUCAUGUCAGCGGACCUCUUUUGUCAAAAAAUGGGAGGAAUGAUAGAAAAACAAGAUGUCCAGUCAAUUCUGGACAUACAGACUGAAACGUAAGUAUCCUGUUUCAAUCUCAUAAACAGCCCGUAGAGUAGAGUCACGAGUUAAACAUGCAUUGUCAAUAUAUUUUUUUUUUUGACAGGUUGAGGAAAUUUGAGAAAACUAAUGCAAAAUUUGGAAGAUUCAAUGACUUAUCUUCUACACGAUACUUACACCUGAAUCAGCAACUGAAAGGUCACACUAAGAUGCUGCUGGAUAUGAAAAAAGAUUUGGACUCUGUAUUCAGAAGAAUAAGGUAAGCUUACAUGUAUGUACUGCUACAUGUACUGUUUCCAAGGCGUGGGGAUUAGACAGCAAGCCCCAGUUGUUCAAAUAUUGAAUAGGAUUAUCUACCAUAAUUAUAAUUAAUCAUUAUUAUUAAUUAAAAGUUCUUGUUUCUUCAUUUCUGAUUGGCUCAAUCCCCUAGCUUAUUCUUCAUAAGCAGCUAGCACUGACAAAAUUUGGUCGACGUUUGGUAAUAACUGGUCAGUGCCAGAAAAACAGACAACAACAGAGAAGCCCUGGGGACAAGGUUGCCUUACCUUUUGGAAGAGCUGUUUCUUAUCAUACUAUUAUAUAAGUAAAUGACUGUAUACCACUACAAGCCCCAUUCAAUAAUAAAAUUUCUAACUAUCCAGUAUCAGGCAAUUUACUGGACAGAAAAUUGUACAGUGCGUGGCACUUUCCACUAUUUAAACAGCUGGAGCCAGCAAAUGGGUGUUGAGAUAUUGAAAGUAGGAAGUUUUACACAACCGUGAUGACAAUGGUAGUGAAAACAUCCCCAAUAGAAUGUAAAGGUAUGACGUCUUUUCAAACUCCAAUAUAAUUAUUACAUGUACAGUAUAGUCAGUCUUAGGCAAAUUUUUCCUGGAGUUAAAUUGUUAGAGACUGCAUUUAAGACCAAUAAAAGAAGGGAAAAAAUUGUUGUCAUCAUGGUUAAUAAUACAAUCAUGAAAAGGUCUUGAAUUUUAGUAGUUGUCUUGAGAAGUCCUUGAAUUCAGUUUAGGUCCUUGAAAAGUACUUGAUUUCUUUAUUAGGUCUUGAAAACUCCUUGAAUUUCACUGCCUUGUUUAUGCCACACCGUUUUCUGUGGAAUUACUAUUAUUUCGCUGAUGAAAAUUUGGCUCAUCCAGGGUUGUCAAAAGUAGCUGGCUGCCGGCGAAAAUCGCCACCUACUAAGUUAGUAUCAGCCGGCUACUCUGCUUGGCAUUUCUUUACAGAUGGUGUUUUUUCAAAUAAAAUAUCCCUGGACUGGCUGCUUAUUUUGAUAACUCAGCCGUCUAUUUCAAAACUUUGUGACAACCCUGCUUAUCCUUAGUCUAACAACCUGUAAGAACAUUAAUUUUUUGUACAUGAACAAUAUUUUAUUCUGUUUCUUUAUUUCAAAAUGCUAUUUCUGUGCCUCGCAUGCAACUGCAAGUCACACCCAGUGACUGUUGUCAUUUUGCAAAGUGUUGUACAGUUACAGUUCAACCAUGGCUGAAGAAGUAAAAAAAUGAUCAUAAAUGACUUCAUUAAGUGUUUUAGCCUAUAAGGUGUUCAAAGAGCAUUAAAGAAUGCUGAUUUAUUGCAUUAAUCUUAGUCUUUGAAAACUGUAAUUUAAUUGUCUUUGAAAAGUCCCUGAAUUUGUUUGUCUGAAGUUUUACGAACCAUGGUCAUUCAUUCACAUCCACCACAAAACAUGACAUCAGGCAAUUUCACAUCAUAGUCAUACAGUUUCAGCAAAGAAAUGUACCAAAAGUGUGAUAAACAGCCAGAGUUGUUGUUUUUCUCAUUACAUGUAAAUGUAUUAAUUUGAAAUUCUUGUUACCACUUUCAGUGCUCCAAGCUGCGACCGUUUUGAUCACCAUGGCAUGUAAAAAAAUUUAUUAGCAACUAAACUUGCGGGGCGAAAGUCCUGUGCUCGGCGGUCUUGUACUUGGAAAAGCUUUACGCGAAACACACAAACAAAAAAGGACCUGUAAUCAAUGUGGCCUGAGGUAUAACCCUUCAUGUAAAAUUACACUAGCGUCUUUUCUUUUUUUUCAUUGGUGAUCAACAUUUUAUGUCUCGUGACCAUCUUACAACUUUAAGUCGCCAAAAGGCGACUUUGAACAAAAAUGAGCGUGGAGCACUGACAGUACAAAAAUUUGUAGUUUGGUGAUGUACCCUUAUGCACCCAUCCAUGAGGCACAGUAAAGCCACCUGGGGGUAUAGGACUGCUAGUAGUUUCUCACGAUUGUUGUGCAAGUGAGCCUGUCAAGUUUGCAAGUGACUGAGUGAAAAAAAUAUUUCCAGCUGAGGGAAACUUUUGCUCACUAGGUCCAUUUAUUUGGUGGGCUCUGACUACUAUAAGACUCUUCUUUUGAAGUAAGUGAAGAGGGCAAGAUGGUUAGACAGGCUUAACGAGAUGUACUGUAGAAAAUGUACAAGCCAGGAGAGAUGCCUACUGUACUCUUCCUAUGUGGCUUGCAAUUCAAUGUAUACCGGUACUCACCUGCCUGACAAUCCUAAGAAAAUGCUAGUAGUCAUUGGGUGAAAGGCAUGAAUAAUUUAGAAGAAGCUAGAAUCCAAAACUUCAUGGUCAGAAGUUUUUCAUGGAGUGAUUACUUCAAGAAAUGUUUCCAUUUGAUUAGUAAAUGACUCAGAGACAAUGUUAGUGAUGAUUAUAUACAGCACAAACGUUAUGUUGCGUCACUAAAUUUCCCAACCAAAUUUCACACUUAUAAUUAUUGCUAUUUGAAUAUUAGAUGUAAAAUCAAAUCAAACAAUAAACAAUUUAGAGGAGAUUUAAUUUCAUGAGGGAUGCUGAAGUUAUACUUAGUUUUGAGUCAAUGUAAUUAUUUUUUGUCACUUGACAAUGUGAUUGGUAAAUUCAUUACUUUUAUGUCUUCACUUCCACUUACUGGUAUUUAUUUUGUUUGUAGAAAUUUGAAAACCAAGCUGACAAAACAGUAUGGACCUGCAUUUGAUGGUAGGUUCCUUUUACAGGUUGUAUGCAGUUUCAAUAAAAAAAAAAUCGUUAUACAUGAAUUACUAAUAUUAUACUACUACAUGAGAAAUUUCUGCAAUUUGAUUGGCUUAGAGCAGUAGUAUUUCACCUUAACCCAUUCGCUCCUGGAGAUUUUGCCGAAAAACACGUUUUGAAGCUAGUCGAGUGGUUUUCUGGUCACUGUUGUGCUAUAAAGAGCUAAAACUUACCACAAACCGGUUUACAGGUCGUACACUUGGCGGCCUUCUGAUCCAGAUGCAAAACAUCAGCUUGUGAAGUUCGGGCAUGCGCAGAAAGCCAAAUUUCGAGAUAGUUUUUGGGUUUAAAAGUGACACAGCAGUCUUGACUUUUACUUUUCGCUUUCUCUCCUCCCUUCUUUUUUCGCUUUUCUUGCCUUAUUUUUUUUUUCUCUUGCUGGGCAUUUAGUAGGCUUCAUUUUGGUGGGAAGAGUUUUUAGGAAAGCUUUUAGGAUCUUAGGAUUAGGUGAAAGGAAAGGUAGGUGGGCAAUGGAACAAGAUUUUCAUGGAGAUUUUCAGGUCAAUGUCACGUGGUUUUUUGCUUCUUUCUCCGGUGUCCUUGACUGAAUUGUGCUCAUUCUGGUAUGGUUUGAAAGAUCUCUUCACUCUACACAAGUUAGCCAAGAAAGUUGUCCUUGACCGUUAAAACUGAUGAUGUCACAAAGGGUAGAAAGGACCUGGAUCCGCACGGGGGGUUACGGGCGGUUCAGGGGCGAAUGGGUUAAUCAGAAAUCUAAAAAUGGCCUUUUACCGACUUUUUCACCUGAUUUUACAUGAAAUAGACAGAUUUGGUUGUUUUAUGCUGAAAAGUGGAUUUUUUUCAAAAAGCUUGGUACUUUGCUUAACCCAUUCGCUCUGUGCCGCCAUUUUGGCACACCAUUUGUCUUAGUCUUCUUUCGGGGUAUGACGUACUUUAAGGAACACGUGACUUUAUCGACAGGAAAACAUUAAAAGUUCUGGUAGGUUUUUCUGUUUCAGAAAAAUUUUCUUUUUGCGAAGACAUUGUGAUUCACUCCGUACUUGUAAUUGACCUUUUUUGUGUACAGCUGGUGAAGGAAAGGUAAUGCGAGUUCCUUAAUUUAUGUCACAUGACGUCAUAUAUGAGUCUGCUAGUUUGCGUGAUCAGCGGCGCGGGUGUACCACAAAAAUGGUUAAAAAAUCGCGUUUUGUUGAAAUGGCAAAAUUUUUUCGCGGAAGUUAUUUUAAUAAGGUAUAGUUUCAGAUAAAAAAAUAUAAAAUUUUAGGUGAUGGGUACUUUAAUACAUUAAUACUGUCUUAUACAUGUACACCGCAGAAGAACAAUAUUAUCAUGAUGAAUAUUUUGUUGUUGAAAAUGGCAGCAACCUCAGUUGGAAUACAAAAAUUGGAGGAAGAACUUGGAGCAAGCAUGGAAAAUGAAUAUUUGGAAAGUCAAGAGAUGGACAUUAAUAGUAAGUCCACAGAUCAAGGGCAACAUUUUAAACAACAGAGGACUGAAGAUGUUAUAGAUCAAGGGAAUGCUCAUUCUGUAGGAAAUGAAACUUUUGCUAGGAAAGAACUCCAAACCAAUGUAAAAAGUUCUACUGGUAAAGCUUUAAACUUUCAAGUAAACCAAGUCGUAAGUGGGACAGAAGACAAAGAGAAAAAUGUGGUUUCAAGGACAGAAAGCACAAAUGAAGCAAGUCAGGCAGUAGGCACUGGUGAUGCAAUUUACCCAGUAUAUACAAGUAAUGCUGAGACAGUAGACACUGAUCAAAAAAAUCAGACAGUAGAGAUGAAAAGCAAGAAAGAGUCAGUAGAUGAUGAUCAAACAUAUCUCACAGUUGAAGCUGGUUAUAGAGUGCAGACAGUAGACAUGAGUGGUAUUUGUCAGACAGAGACGGAAGAUGCUGACCACACAUACCUGACAGUGGACACUGGUUACAAUGUGCAGACAUUGAGUGGCUUGCAUCAGACACAAAGCUCUGGUGACUCCUUCGAGACAGCAGAUAUACUUCAGACUACAAAUGACUCAAACAACAGGACAGUGGACACAGCUGAGAGAGGAGACAGCUAUGGCAGCAGUUUUACUGUACCCAGCAUCGGUUAGAAGACACUAAUGAAAUGAGUCACUUACACCGAAGUCAAAUGACAUCAUGGGAGUGUCCAGAAUAGUGGCCUCAAGUCAAUGGAAAGAACAGUGGACAGUUUUGAAAUUAGCUGAGACAAAAACCUUAGGAAAUACAGGUAACGCUGUUGACAAUACUCAGGCAUUUGGCAGAUCUUUAGAUGUGAGACUUACGGCAUCAGCAAAUGUCACUGUACUACUGGAGACAAUGCUUUUAAGAACUGAAGGCUAAAACAAAUAUUUGUAU